AUGAAACACCAUCUUGCUGGUAUGAAAGGGGAUACGGAUGCGUGUACGAAGGUUCCGUCAGAUGUGCGAUAUAAGCUUCUGCAGUCACUGAAGGAAACUGAGAGCAAGAAGAGGAAAAAUAUUCAGUUAGAUGAUUCUAACUUAGAUGGUACUCCAGUUCAAGAUGUUGAAGAUGUUGAUACUGAUGAUAUCAUAGUUGAUAGUGGCCCAAGUCAAAAGAGAAAACAAGGUGUUGACUUACACGCAUAUUUCAAAAGAGGUGUCCAUGAUCCCACUCCACCUACUAUAAAGGCAUGCAUGCAAAGUAAAGAGAGAAUUCAUGAUGUGAACAUGUCGGUUGCUUUGUGGUUCUAUGACGCUUGUAUUCCAAUGAAUGCUGUGAAUUCUCCAUUUUUCCAGCCUAUGAUAAACAAGGUAGCAAAUAUGGGUCAUGGAUAUGCAGGUCCUACAUAUCAUGCUUUGCGUGUUGGAUUAUUGUGUGAUGCUAAGUUGCAAGUUUCUUUGAUCGUUGAUAAGUUCAGAAGUACGUGGGCUGCUACUGGUUGUACUCUUAUGGCAGAUGGAUGGAAAGACACUAGACACAGACCACUAGUCAAUUUUCUAGUUUAUUGUCCUAAAGGAAUUACAUUUCUCAAGUCAGUUGAUAUUUCAGAUAUCUGUGGAAGUGUUGAGAAUUUAUGCAACUUGUUUGCUGAUGUUGUUGGUAUGAUUGGUCCAGAGAAUGUGGUUCAUCUAGUGACUGAUAGUGCGCCAAACUACAAAGCUGCAGGAAGGCUUCUUUCUGAAAAGUUUCCCACCAUUGCUUGGUCUCCAUGUGCAGCUCAUUGCAUUAAUCUGAUUUUAGAAGAUGUGGGAAAACUUCCAAUGGUUCAUGAUUUAAAGAAGCGUAUGUCUAAGGUAACCAUUUUUGUUUACAACCACAAGUGGCCUUUAAGUUUUUUAAGGAAAAGACCUGGCUGGAGAGAGAUCAUCCGUCCUGGAGAAACUCGUUUUGCUACCAGUUUCAUUGCUCUACAAAGCCUUUAUCAGCAUAAAGAUGAUCUACAAGCUUUGGUUACAAGUACAGAUCCAGAGUUCAAGAAGCUUUCUAAAACAAGGGAAGUGAAAUCGAUAGUCUUGGAUGAGAGAGCAUGGAACAAUUGCUUGAUAAUUGUCAAGAUUAUGACUCCUAUCAUUCGUUUGUUGCGUAUAUGUGAUGCUGAUGAGAAGCCAUCUCUGCCCUAUGUAUAUGAAGGGAUGUAUCUAGCAAGACUAGGUAUUAAGAAGAUGUUCGAUAAGAAGCCUCUAUACCAGCCUUAUACAGACAUCAUUGAUAAAAGAUGGGAUCGUAUGUUGCGGCGUCAUCUUCAUGCUGCUGCGUAUUAUUUGAACCCAAGUUUCAUAUAUAGUGAAGAUACAUUUUCUGACAAGCCUGAGAUUAUGGGUGGGUUAAUGAGCAUAUUUGAAAAGGAAACAGAGUAA